GGUGAUGGACCGCGACCGCAACAAGACGCUGCUGCAGGAGCUGCUGAAGGUCACCGGGAACGGCCGCUGCGCCGACUGUGGGGAGCCGGAUCCAGAGUGGGCUUCUUACAAACUUGGAAUAUUCAUUUGUUUGAUGUGCUCUGGAAUCCAUCGCAAUCUUCCUCAAGUCAGCAGGGUCAAAUCCCUUUGGCUUGACUUCUGGGAGAACGAUCUUAUAGAGUUUAUGAAGAAGCACGGGAAUCUCUGUGCCAAAGCUAAAUAUGAAGCAAAAGUCCCUCCCUAUUAUUACAUCCCCCAGUCCUGUGAUUGCUUGGUUUUAAGAGAACAAUGGAUUAGAGCUAAAUAUGAGCGUGAGGAAUUUGUUGCCACCCGAGUCUGCCAAGAUCCUUGUUCUGCAGGUAGCCAUGAAGGAUUCCUCUGGAAGCGUGGACGGGAAAGCAAGCAGUUCAAGCAGAGGCGGUUUCUCCUGUCAGCAAGGGAAGGGGUGAUGAAGUACUACACUAAAGAAUCCAAAGGUCCAAAAGCCGUUAUCAGCAUUGAGAAACUGAAUGUGAUGUUCCAGGCAGAGAAAAUCCAUCAUGCUCACGGGCUGCAAAUCACAUACAAGACAGAUGGUCAAACAAGGAACCUUUUUGUCUAUCAUGAAAGCGGAAAGGAGAUUGUUGACUGGUUCAAUGCCAUUCGGGCUGCACGUUACCAUUAUCUCAGAACUACCUUCCCAGCUCUCUCAGAGCACGAGAUCAUACCCCGGAUCACAAGAAACUAUAUCAAAGAAGGAUAUAUGGAGAAAACAGGACCAAAGCAGAAGGAGACCUUUAAGAUGCGCUGGUUCAGCCUAGACUCUGAAGAGAGGAACCUGCUGUACUUUAAAAACCCACUGGAUGCAUUUCCACAAGGCCAAGUUUUUAUUGGAAGGAGAGUCGAGGGCUAUGAAGUAAGAGCUGGCUUGCCCCAGGGAAUAUCUGUAAAGAAGAGGAAAUCAGGGAUCACCAUGGUCACACCAAUGAGAGAGUUUUUGUUUCUGUGCGAGAACGAUAGGGAGCAGAGGGAGUGGAUAGAUGCCUUGAAUGGAAUAAUUGCCCAGCCCUUGUCUGGUUGAGACUAACACUGAGUUCCGGUGAACUGCACUUCUUGGGCUCUGUUUGGCACUGGUCUGCAUCCUCUUUUUGUCAGCAGGGAUGGUGCUCAAGCCCAUUCAGUGACUGUGCUACAAAGGGCUUUUUCCUUCAACAGCUACAGGCGCAGGAAGGGUGGCAAAAUAAAUGAGUGAGGGGAAUGCAGAUAUUCAGAAAUUAUCUGUCCCUUCUUUUGAAGUGCAUUUGCUCUUCCUUACGUUCUCUGCUUUUGAGCAGAUGAGGCCUGCUCAGGCUGAUGUAGGGAUAAAGUCAGUGUAGAAAGUUUGUCCAUAGAGGACUGGCACGGAUUUCCUUGAGGAUUCCUGAAGAAUGUACUUGACAAUGCAGCCAUGACAUAUAUUCUGAUAGUAAAUGUGACCAUCUGAUACAUGCUGCAUAGAACAAGUGACCAAGAGACAAAGACAUCAGCACCUGCCAGGACAGUGCAGCAUGUCCUGCUGCAUAGAUGAAAG